GUCUGUAUGUGUGUCUGUCUUUCCGUCUAUCUGCCUGUCUGUCCGUCUUCCGACCAUAAGAGCAUGACCACUUAAGCUUUUCAUCCACAAUGCUGUGAUAAUAUACUGUCACAAGUGUAUUUCAAAAUUCACAAUUCAAAAUUAUGUGGUAUGCACAAUUAUGAAGAUAAGAGAAAACCAAAAACGCACUAUCUUAGAGAAUGGACAUAUCUAUCAGAUUCCCUAGCUAGGAUCAGAUUGAAUUAAAGCCAGAAUGAAAAAAUUCAUUUGUAGUGGCUAUCCUUCACCACCACGAGCAACGCGGUCCAUGCAUGGACAUUCUGUCUCGGAAUGGAACCUUCCUUCAUUGACUGCUGGAAAUUUGGACAUACUUACAUCCAAGGAGACACAACUGUACAUGGUGGACUAUGGUGGGACCCAUCUGCAAACACAUCGACGCCCCAAGACCGCCUUUUAAUGAACUCAUCUGAAAAACGCAUGCAAUUUCGAAGUGGAAAUUGCUCGUCGCCACACUCUCCUCGCUGUCUUCGUGCGUAUUACAGAUAUGCUCCGGAUACAUGAUGAGGAUUUUUCUAAGGACAUUAAAGAUUCUAGUCGUGAGGGACCCGCCCAACAAGAGGACCAAGAGGAUAGAGAGAGAAGAUACCAUAUUUCUGUCCCAGAUAUUUGCACAGAAAGCGUUAAGAAUGCUUGCUUUCAACAAUCCGGAUUUUUAAACAAUACAAUAUCAUUUGCUUCUCAUGUCGUAAAGUGUAGCUCUCCAUUAUCGAGCUUUGAUGAAUCCAUAUCUGCUGGUCAGCUUGCAACACAUUCCCGAAUGCAUAUAUCCCAAGGCCAACACACAAUGACCCCUAUUUCGGAACAUAGUUUUUACAAUGUGCCUGAAUAUAUUUCGGAGCAGGAAAAACAUAUUUUUUCAGAUUCUGAGCGCUUCUUAAGGUCAAAAGAUAAAGAUUUAUGCAGUAAUGAAAAUGAUUAUGUGCACGAUGAAUUUACCAUGAGGAAAUACUAUCACCCUCUUUUUGCUCACGGUGUUUGCCGGUGGCCCGGUUGCGAAAUGGACUUAGAAGACAUCACAUCAUUUGUAAAGCAUCUUAAUACGGAACAUGGAUUGGAUGACCGGUCAACGGCUCAAGCUCGUGUACAAAUGCAAGUUGUUUCUCAAUUGGAGUCUCACCUGCAAAAAGAAAGAGAUCGCUUACAAGCAAUGAUGCACCACUUGUAUCUGUCGAAGCAACUUUUAUCGCCGACAAAGUCGGAUCGCAAGGAUACUUCCGGAAAGGAUGGAAAUUAUUGCAGAAUGACGAGUCCACUUACAAUGGCCAGCUUAGGUCGCACAAUUCGACAAUCAAAUUCUCCGAGCUCUCUUAAUCUUCCAAUGGUUAAUUCAUCAAACUUGUGCACAAUCAAGAAAAGAAAUAUGGAUAAAACAGCGUUUUCAAUAAAUGGUGGUUUGCCAUAUAUGCUAGAGAGAGCUGGACUUGAUGUGCAACAAGAAAUACAGAGAAACAGAGAAUUCUACAAGAAUGCGGAUGUACGACCUCCCUUUACAUAUGCUUCUCUCAUUAGACAGGCCAUCAUUGAUUCUCCAGACAAGCAGUUAACACUGAACGAAAUUUAUAACUGGUUUCAAAAUACCUUUUGUUACUUUCGUCGAAACGCAGCUACUUGGAAGAAUGCGAUACGUACCAAUCUAUCGCUACACAAAUGUUUUGUCCGAUAUGAAGAUGACUUUGGCUCUUUUUGGAUGGUCGACGAUAACGAGUUUGUUAAGAGGCGACACUUAUCGCGAGGACGGCCUCGGAAAUAUGAGCCGUCGUCUUCGCCUAGCUCCUGCCAAUCUGGCAAUGGCUUGUCCACUGACAAAAAUCACUGCGAUAACUGCCCUCAGAGUUUUGCAACCCAUACCGGCAGUUCCGAAACAGAAAUUAACCAAUUGAGCAGUGUUCCGUUUUGUGGUAUUGAUGCUUUAAGUAAAACACCAACACAUUUUUCAAGUAUGGAUACGGUCGUAACAGAUAACAGCCAUAUAAAUAUGGGUGAUUACUUACCCAAAAUAUAUGAAAAUAACGCUAGUGUGGCUAAUAGAUCAAUUUAAAUGUACACACUUAAAUGCACUUUCAUCUUAAAAAUUAAAGGUUCGGGUUCGGAAAUGAUACUUGUAUAUUUUCU